AUGGUAAAACUUGCAAACCCACUUUAUACAGAGUGGAUUCUUGAAGCUAUACAGAAAAUAAAGAAGCAAAAGCAAAGGCCCUCCGAAGAGAGAAUCUGCCAUGCCGUCAGCACUUCCCAUGGGUUGGAUAAGAAGACCGUCUCUGAGCAGCUGGAACUCAGUGUUCAGGAUGGCUCAGUUCUCAAAGUCACCAACAAAGGCCUUGCCUCCUACAAGGACCCAGACAACCCUGGGCGCUUCUCAUCAGUUAAACCAGGCACUUUCCCUAAGUCAGCCAAGGGGUCGAGAGGAUCAUGCAAUGAUCUGCGCAACGUGGAUUGGAAUAAACUUCUAAGGAGAGCAAUUGAAGGACUGGAGGAGCCAAAUGGCUCCUCCCUGAAGAACAUUGAGAAGUAUCUCAGAAGUCAAAGUGAUCUCACAAGCACCACCACCAACCCAGCCUUUCAGCAGCGGCUGCGACUGGGGGCCAAACGCGCAGUGAACAAUGGGAGGUUACUGAAAGACGGACCGCAGUACAGGGUCAAUUACGGAGGCUUAGAUGGCAAAGGGGCUCCCAAGUACCCCAGUGCUUUCCCAUCUUCACUCCCACCUGUCAGCCUUCUACCCCACGAGAAAGAUCAGCCCCGUGCCGAUCCCAUUCCAAUAUGUAGCUUCUGUCUGGGGACAAAGGAAUCAAAUCGUGAAAAGAAACCAGAAGAACUUCUCUCUUGUGCAGAUUGUGGCAGUAGUGGACACCCAUCCUGUUUGAAAUUUUGUCCUGAAUUAACAACAAAUGUAAAGGCCUUAAGGUGGCAGUGCAUCGAAUGCAAGACGUGCAGUGCGUGUAGAAUCCAAGGCAAAAAUGCAGAUAAUAUGCUUUUCUGUGACUCCUGUGAUAGAGGAUUCCAUAUGGAGUGCUGUGAUCCCCCACUUUCCAGAAUGCCAAAAGGGAUGUGGAUUUGCCAAGUCUGCAGACCAAAGAAAAAGGGAAGAAAACUACUUCAUGAGAAAGCUGCACAAAUAAAACGACGAUAUGCAAAACCCAUUGGACGACCGAAAAAUAAAUUAAAGCAACGAUUGUUGUCUGUAACCAGUGAUGAAGGAUCCAUGAAUGCAUUCACAGGAAGGGGGUCACCUGGUAGGGGUCAAAAGACUAAAGUCUGUACCACACCUUCAUCCGGUCAUGCUGCAUCUGGGAAGGACUCAAGCAGCAGAUUGGCUGUUACAGACCCCACUCGGCCUGGUGCCACCACCAAAAUCACCACCACCUCCACCUACAUUUCUGCCUCUACACUUAAAGUUAACAAGAAAACCAAAGGGCUCAUUGAUGGCCUUACUAAGUUUUUUACACCAUCACCUGAUGGUCGCAGAUCACGAGGUGAAAUAAUAGACUUUUCAAAGCACUAUCGUCCAAGGAAAAAGGUCUCUCAGAAACAGUCAUGCACUUCUCAUGUGUUGGCUCCAGGUACCACACAAAAGCUAAAACCUCCACUUUCUUCACUCCCACCCCCGACUCCCAUCUCUGGUCAGAGCCCCAGCUCACAAAAGUCCAGCACUUCUGUUUCUUCUACCUCUCCCCAGAGUUCUUCCAGCCAGUCCAGCGUGCCCUCCUUUAGCAGUCUUACUAAUAACAGCCAGCUGAAGGCACUCUUUGACGGACUCUCUCAUAUCUAUACCACUCAGGGACAGUCUCGCCAAAAGGGACACCCAAGUUAUGCACCACCUAAACGUAUGCGUCGUAAAACCGAAUUCCCUCUCACAGCAAAAUCUAAAGCCCAUUUCUUUGGAAAAAGAGAUAUUAGAAGUAGGUUUAUUUCUCACUCCUCCUCCUCUAGCUGGGGGAUGGCUAGAGGGCGUAUUUUUAAAGCAAUUGCUCACUUCAAGCGAACAACUUUCCUUAAAAAGCACAGGAUGCUAGGCAGGUUAAAAUAUAAAGUGACCCCUCAGAUGGGGACCCCCUCACCAGGGAAGGGGAGCUUGACAGACGGAAGGAUUAAACCUGAUCAGGAUGAUGAUACGGAAAUCAAAAUAAGCAUCAAACAGGAAAGUACAGAUAUAAAUGUGAUUGGAAACAAGGAUACCGUUACUGAAGAGGAUUUGGAUGUUUUCAAGCAGGCCCAGGAACUGUCUUGGGAGAAAAUAGAGUGUGAAAGUGGAGUGGAAGACUGUGGCCGGUACCCUUCUGUAAUAGAAUUUGGGAAAUAUGAAAUCCAAACCUGGUACUCCUCGCCUUACCCACAGGAAUAUGCAAGAUUACCAAAGCUUUACCUGUGUGAAUUCUGUCUUAAAUAUAUGAAAAGUAAAAAUAUUUUAUUAAGACACUCAAAGAAAUGUGGAUGGUUUCAUCCUCCAGCAAAUGAAAUUUACAGAAGGAAAGACCUUUCAGUGUUUGAGGUUGAUGGGAAUAUGAGCAAAAUUUAUUGCCAAAACCUUUGCUUGUUAGCCAAGCUCUUCCUGGACCACAAAACAUUGUAUUAUGAUGUCGAGCCAUUCCUUUUUUAUGUCCUUACAAAAAAUGAUGAAAAGGGCUGUCAUCUGGUUGGAUACUUCUCUAAGGAAAAACUUUGCCAGCAGAAGUAUAAUGUCUCCUGCAUAAUGAUCAUGCCCCAGCACCAAAGGCAAGGAUUUGGACGGUUUCUCAUUGAUUUCAGCUAUUUGCUUUCUCGAAGAGAGGGCCAGGCAGGGUCUCCUGAAAAGCCACUCUCCGAUCUAGGGCGUCUCUCCUACCUGGCCUACUGGAAGAGCGUCAUCUUAGAAUAUCUCUACCACCACCACGAGCGGCACAUCAGCAUCAAGGCCAUCAGCAGAGCUACGGGCAUGUGCCCCCAUGACAUCGCCACCACUCUGCAGCACCUCCACAUGAUUGACAAGAGAGACGGCCGAUUUGUCAUCAUUAGACGGGAAAAGUUGAUAUUGGGCCACAUGGAAAAGUUGAAAACCUGUUCCCGGACCAAUGAACUUGAUCCAGAGAGUCUGAGGUGGACCCCAAUCUUAAUUUCUAAUGCUGCAGUUUCUGAAGAAGAACGAGAAGCCGAAAAAGAGGCCGAGCGGCUAAUGGAACAAGCUAGCUGCUGGGAAAAAGAGGAGCAAGAAAUCCUGUCAUCUAGAGCUAACAGUAGGCAAUCACCUGCAAAAGUACAAUCGAAAAAUAAAUAUUUGCAUUCCCCGGAGAGCCGGCCAGUGGCAGGGGAGCGAGGGCAGCUGAUGGAGCUGUCUAAAGAGAGCAGUGAAGAAGAGGAGGAGGAAGAAGAGGAGGAAGAGGAAGAGGAGGAAGAGGAAGAGGAGGAGGAGGAGGAGGAAGAAGAGGAAGAGGAAGAAAAUAUCCAAAGCUCUCCUCCAAGAUUGACUAAACCACAGUCAGUUGCCAUAAAGAGAAAGAGGCCUUUUGUAGUAAAGAAGAAAAGGGGUCGUAAACGCAGGAGGAUCAACAGCAGUGUAACAACUGAGACCAUUUCUGAGACGACAGAAGUACUGAAUGAGCCCUUUGACAACUCAGACGAAGAGAGGCCAAUGCCACAGCUGGAGCCUACCUGUGAGACGGAAGUGGAGGAGGACAGCAGGAAGCCAGUGCCGAGGAGGGCGUUCCAGCAUCAGCCUGGGAAGAAAAGACAGACAGAGGAGGAGGAAGGAGAAGACAAUCAUUGCUUUAAGAGUACUGACCCUUGUAGAAACAAUGUGGAUGAUGGUGCAAAUAACUUGAAAGAAGCCAGUAGAGACAAUCCCGAACCUCUGAAGUGCAAACAGUGGCCAAAAGGAACAAAGCGUGCUCUGUCUAAGUGGAGGCCAAACAAAGAGAGGAAGACUGGGUUUAAACUGAACUUGUACACCCCGCCAGAAACACCCUUGGAGCCUGAUGACCAGGUAACAGCGGAAGAACAGAAGGAGACUCCAGCAGACAAAAGCAGCCCCACUUCCACCAGGAUUGAGGAGGGGGUCAAGGAAGCCGUGGAACCCGUGCUGCCUCAGGACGAAAACGGAAGGGAGGAGACGUGUGCACCUAUAAGUCCAAAUAAAUCACCGGGUGGAAAACCUGAAGACGAGUUAAUCAAACCUGAGGAGGAAGAGGAGGAGGAGGAAGAAGAGGAAGAGGAAAGAAGUGUAGAAAAAGACCCCAGUGGUGCCAAGAGUCAGGAUAAAGAGGAGCCAGAAGUCUGCAUGGACAAAGAAGACCCUGUGCAUUUGGAUGAUCACGAAGAGGAGGAGGAAGAGGAGGAAGAGCCAUCUCACAACGAGGGGCAUGAUGCCGAUGAUGAGGAUGACAGUCACAUGGAGUCUGCUGAAGUGAAGGAAGAUCACCCAAGAGAAGCCUUCAAAGAAGUACUGGAAAACCAGGGGGCUUUUUUAGACCUUAGUGUCCCGCCUAGUCAUUCAAACCCAGAGGUCCUAAUGGACUGUGGUGUUGACCUCCCAGCUUCAUGUAAUAGUGAACCUAAGGAGCUUGCUGGAGCCACUGAAACUGCCCCUGAAUCUGAUGAGGAGCCCCCAGGAGAGCAGGCACAGAAGCAGGACCAAAAGAACAGUGACGAAGCAGAUUCUGAGUUCAAAGAGGGAAACACAGCCACCUUGGAAAUAGACUCUGAGACCGUCCAAGCGGUUCAGUCCUUGACCCAGGAGAACAGUGAACAGGACGACACCUUUCAGGAUUGUGCCGAGACUCAAGAGGCCUGUAGAAGCCUACAGAACUACACCCAUGCAGACCAAAGCCCGCAGAUCUCCGCCGCUCUAGAUGACUGCCAGCAGUCAGACCACAGCAGCCCAGUUUCAUCCGUCCAUUCCCACCCUGGCCAGUCAGUACGUUCUGUCAACAGCCCAAGCGUCCCUGCCCUGGAAAACAGCUAUGCCCAAAUCAGCCCGGAUCAAAGUGCCAUCUCAGUGCCGUCUCUGCAGAACAUGGAAACCAGUCCGAUGAUGGACGUCCCUUCCGUUUCGGAUCAUUCGCAGCAAGUUGUGGACAGCGGGUUCAGUGACCUGGGCAGUAUCGAGAGCACAACCGAGAACUACGAAAACCCCAGCAGCUAUGAUUCUACUAUGGGCGGCAGCAUUUGUGGAAAUGGCUCUUCACAGAACAGCUGCUCCUACAGCAACCUCACCUCCAGCAGUCUGACCCAGAGCAGCUGUGCUGUGACCCAGCAGAUGUCCAACAUCAGCGGGAGCUGCAGCAUGCUGCAGCAGACCAGCAUCAGCUCCCCCCCGACCUGCAGCGUCAAGUCUCCUCAAGGCUGUGUGGUGGAGAGGCCGCCAAGCAGCAGCCAGCAGCUGGCGCAGUGCAGCAUGGCUGCGAACUUCACACCGCCCAUGCAGCUGGCCGAGAUCCCCGAGACUGGCAAUGCCAACCUUGGCUUAUAUGAACGGAUGGGUCAGAGUGAUUUUGGGGCUGGGCAUUACCCACAGCCGUCAGCCACCUUCAGCCUUGCCAAACUACAGCAGUUAACUAAUACACUUAUUGAUCAUUCAUUGCCUUACAGCCAUUCCGCUGCUGUAACUUCCUAUGCAAACAGUGCCUCUUUGUCCACACCAUUAAGUAACACAGGGCUUGUUCAGCUUUCUCAGUCUCCACACUCCGUCCCUGGGGGACCCCAAGCACAAGCUACCAUGACCCCACCCCCCAACCUGACUCCUCCUCCAAUGAAUCUGCCACCACCUCUGUUGCAACGGAACAUGGCUGCGUCAAAUAUUGGCAUCUCCCACAGCCAAAGACUGCAAACCCAGAUUGCCAGCAAGGGCCACGUCUCCAUGAGAACCAAAUCGGCAUCUCUGUCACCAGCCGCUGCCACCCAUCAGUCGCAAAUCUAUGGGCGCUCCCAGACUGUAGCCAUGCAGGGUCCUGCACGGACUUUAACGAUGCAGAGGGGCAUGAAUAUGAGCGUGAACCUGAUGCCAUCCCCAGCCUACAAUGUCAACUCUGUGAACAUGAACAUGAACACUCUCAAUGCCAUGAACGGGUACAGCAUGUCCCAGCCGAUGAUGAAUAGUGGCUACCACAGCAACCAUGGCUACAUGAAUCAGACGCCCCAGUACCCUAUGCAGAUGCAGAUGGGCAUGAUGGGGACCCAGCCAUAUGCCCAGCAGCCAAUGCAGACCCCGCCCCACAGUAACAUGAUGUACACGGCCCCCGGACACCAUGGCUACAUGAACACAGGCAUGUCCAAACAGUCUCUCAAUGGGUCCUACAUGAGACGGUAGGCAACAUGGGCAGUCACAGAACCCCUGGGCAUCUCUCUCGGAUUGAUCUGCACAAAUACCUUCUAAGAGUACGAUUUCAA